AUGAAAGCCGGUAAUUACUGUGGUUUCUUACCAGGGAAUAGUCUCCGGUCGCAUUGGAACCCCUGAAUGAGACCAAGUUUCCUAGAUGUAGUUUUUCAUGCUGAUUUCAAAUCUAGUCUCAAAAACAGCCGAAGAGGUUUGUGAAAAAAGUUAUGGACCCUCAAAAGUCGAUUAUUCCAAUGUCUCCGAUCCAUCUCAUUUCGGAUACCAUCCCAAAAUGAGCUCGAUCGGAGAUUAUGAUAUUUUCGACUUUUGAGGAUCCAUAACCUUUUUCGAAGACGCCCUCAGCAAUUUUUGAGAUCAGAUUUGGAAUCAGCGUGAAAAACUACAUCUAGCAAACUUCAUCUCAUUGAGAGGUCCCACUGCGACCGGAUACUAUCCCCUAGUUAGAUUUUAUGAACAACUUCAGGAGCUACUUCAGAAUUUUUUUUUUCAGAACCAAAAGUCGAUAGAGCUUUUUACGGCUUCGAAAUCGAGCGCAACCUUCCCAAGUCGACAAGAAGAGACCCUUGGUUUGUUUUCGUUCCGACAGGAGCCAAUGAAAGACGUGUUCAGGCUGAACUCUUUCGAGAAGAAACUGAAGGAGUUUUGCCGAAAAUUCUCAUCCGAAAUCCGUCAUCGGAGUACUGUCUUUCUCCAUAGGCAAAGUCGGAAGGACCCUCCGGGGUCAUAA